AUGCCAGACGCGGCGUCGGGCCUCGUCUCGUCCUCGCUCCAGAUCCUCCAUCAGCCCAUAUCCAUUCUCCAGGCACGUCAGGUAUCCCAGCAGACCCUCCAGUAUGAGAGCGAGAUCGUCACUGGAUCCACGCCGGGCAAGCACCUCCGACACGUCCACGACCACUUUCGCAUCCUCGCAGAGUCGCUCGAGAACCACGUCUCGACGCCCCACACGCCUCAGUCCUCGCGCGACACGCCAAUAGAGCUCGACUACGACCUCCGAUCCUCGCGCCGCCUCCCCUCGCUCGAAACCUCGACCUCGACCUGCCUCGACGAGUUCAAAGACGUCCACGCCCGCCUCUCGAACCUCCUCACCGCCCACCCCACCUUACUCGCCCACCCAGUCAACCUCUGCGCCACCACGCCCGACAUUGUCGAGACGCGCACCACCGUCGGCAGGGAGCUCUGGUUCUGCGCACUCCACGCCAUACACCACUAUGCCCUCGCCAGAGUCAUCCUCGAAAAGGAGUGCGGAUGCACCCUCGACCCCGAGUUUGGCGUCGCACCAAGCACCCUCGUCCACCGCGAGUGGAAGCGCGACGAGAACCGAGCAGACGUCGCCGUCGACGUCGUUCGCCAGAGGGCCAGACUCUAG